GUUAUGAGAAUCGGUCCAGAGGCUGCAGCAGUAACGAGACGUUAUGGGCGCAUCGAAUUUGGGCCUUGCCGUUGUUUUUGUCACGUUUUUUAGUGGAAUUUUGGCUUCUGCUGAGAAAGUACCUUUGGGUGCAAUUUUUGAACAAGGUACUGAUGAUGUACAAACAGCAUUCAAAUUUGCUAUGCUUCAGCAUAAUCAAAAUAUUUCGAGCAGAAAAUUUGAAUUCCAAGCUUAUGUUGAUGUUAUUAAUACUGCAGACGCGUUCAAAUUAUCCAGAUUAAUAUGUACACAAUUUUCAAGAGGAGUUUAUUCUAUGUUAGGAGCCGUGUCUCCCGAUUCAUUCGACACUCUACAUUCCUAUAGUAAUACGUUCCAGAUGCCCUUUGUAACUCCUUGGUUUCCCGAAAAAGUUUUAGCCCCAUCAUCAGGAUUCAUGGAUUAUGCUAUUUCUAUGAGACCUGAAUACCAUAAGGCUAUAAUUGAUACCGUUAAAUAUUAUGGAUGGAGACAGAUAAUAUAUUUGUACGACUCUAAUGAUGGUUUACUCAGACUUCAACAAAUUUACCAAGGCCUAACACCAGGUAGUGAAAUUUUUCAAGUGACUACAGUUAGAAGAAUUAAUAACGUGAGUGAAGCUUUAUUGUUCCUAAGAGGAAUAGAAGAACAUUCUAGAUGGACCAAUAAAUACGUAGUUUUGGAUUGUUCAACGGAUACAGCAAAAGAAAUCGUAGUUAACCAUGUCAGAGACAUCUCGUUAGGAAGAAGGAACUAUCAUUAUCUGUUAUCAGGAUUGGUUAUGGACGAAAGAUGGGAAAGCGAAGUUGUGGAAUACGGAGCGAUCAACAUAACAGGAUUCAGAAUAGUAGACAGUUUCAAGCCUUACGUUAAAGAAUUUCUAGAAGGUUGGAAACGUCUUGAUCCUAGCCAAUCACCGGGAGCAGGAAAAGACAGUAUAUCAGCUCAAGCUGCAUUAAUGUACGAUGCAGUAUUUGUUCUUGUCGAGGCAUUCAAUAAGGUGCUGAGAAAAAAACCGGAUUUGUUCAGGAGUAAUGUUCGUAGGGGAUUGAAUUAUAAUGGUACUACCAAAGCUUUGGAUUGUAACGUAAAUGGUAAUUGGGUGACGCCUUGGGAACAUGGUGAUAAGAUUUCGAGAUUCUUGAGAAAGGUGGAAAUUGGUGGUUUGACAGGCGAAAUCCGUUUCAGCGAAGAGGGGCGUAGGCAAAACUACACAUUACAUGUGGUGGAGAUGACUGUGAAUAGCGCCAUGGUUAAAGUAGCAGAAUGGAGUGAUCAGACGGGCUUUAGUCCUGUGGCAGCUAAAUAUGUUAGAUUGAAAGCUAAUGCGCAUAUCGAACGAAAUAAAACCUACAUCGUCACGACUAUAUUGGAAGAGCCGUAUAUUAUGAGAAAAAUACCCGAAUUGGGUGAAACACUUUCCGGAAACGACCAAUUCGAAGGAUAUUGCAAAGAUCUUGCCAAUCUAAUAACUCAAAAAUUGGGUAUCAAUUAUGAACUAAGAAUAGUAAAAGAUGGUAAAUACGGAUCUGAAAAUCACGAAGUAAAAGGAGGCUGGGAUGGAAUGGUUGGCGAACUAGUUAGACAGGAAGCUGAUAUGGCAAUAGCUCCAAUGACUAUAACAUCUGAACGCGAACGUGUCAUCGACUUCAGCAAACCAUUCAUGUCUUUGGGCAUAUCGAUAAUGAUUAAAAAACCGAUGAAACAAAAACCUGGAGUGUGGAGCUUCUUGAAUCCACUUUCAAAAGAAAUUUGGGUCAGUGUUUUAUUUGCUUACGUCGGUGUCAGUAUAGUUCUAUUCGUGGUAUCUAGAUUUUCUCCGUACGAAUGGAGAUUACUCCAUUUAACAGGGGAGCACAGAGAACCUGCAAAUUCCCAUACAAACCACGGAGGUACAAUGGCCAACGAUUUUACAAUACUAAACUCGUUAUGGUUUGCUCUAUCAGCAUUUAUGCAACAAGGAGGAGAGUUAUCACCAAGAUCGUUAUCAGGAAGAAUCGUCGGAGCUUGUUGGUGGUUUUUCACGUUGAUUUUAAUAUCGAGUUAUACUGCCAAUUUAGCAGCAUUCUUAACGGUUGAAAGAAUGGUUACUCCAAUAAAUUCUCCGGAAGAUUUAGCUUCUCAAACAGAAGUGGAAUAUGGAACGUUGUACCAUGGCGCCACAUGGGAUUUCUUUAGGAGAUCUCAGUUAACGCUCUACUCAAAAAUGUGGGAGUUUAUGAACAGCAGGAAACACGUCUUCGUGACUUCCUACGACGAAGGCAUCAAGAGAGUACGUAACUCGAAAGGAAAGUUUGCUCUACUCAUCGAAUCACCUAAAAAUGAUUACACCAAUGAGAGAGAACCGUGCGAUACUAUGAAAGUUGGAAGAAACCUCGACGCCAAAGGAUUUGGAGUUGCUACACCACUAGGCUCACCAUUACGUGAUGCUGUCAAUUUAGCAGUGCUAUCUCUCAAAGAAGAUGGAGAAUUGACAAAACUGAAGAACAAAUGGUGGUAUGACAGAACUGAAUGUCUUAGAGACAAGCAGGAUACUUCUAGAAGCGAAUUAUCUCUUAGUAAUGUGGCGGGGAUAUUCUACAUCCUGAUAGCAGGACUUUUUAUCGCGAUGAUUGUAGCAUUUAUGGAAUUUUGCUACAAAUCUCAUUCCGAAGCUAAAAGAGCAAAAAUUCCUCUAGGAGAUGCUAUGAAAGCAAAAGCAAGGCUAACGAUAGGCGUCAAUAGGGAUUUUGAUAACGGAAGGUACUACACUCCAGCCAAUCAAAUAGCAGGAGGUAACGAACAAGAACAGCCUCACACCAAUACCCAUACACAAGUCUGAAUUAACGUUUAUUGAUGGUAAAUUAUUUUUUCUAUAUAGAUAUGCAUUUGUUAUUGAUAGUUUUAGUAUUAUUACGUCAAAGAUAACAAUACAUAAAUAUAUGGCGCAGCUAGUAGGAUUUGCAGAAAGUAAUUCCAAUUAUUUGAAAAAAUCGGCAAUCCUAUUUCAAAAUUGAUAUCAUAAUAUGAAAAUAAAGUUUAUACAGGAAAAUUUUUAAGGCUAACGCAAUUAAUAUGUUUUUUAUUUGGACGUAUUACAUCAUUUUUUCAAGUCAAGUCAACCAUGAAAAUUUCUCUUUGGCGUAAUAAAAAUUAAUAUUAAAUUAAUCAAAAGGUGUUUGUACAGUCGAAUUAAAAUUUUAUUCUACUUUUUAAAUUAUAUUAUCGAUUUAUGUUGAAAUUUUUUUAUUCUAAUAUCAAAAAACAUUCCAAAAAAUCAAAAAAAUUCUAGCUGGGGAAAAUAAUUCUGUAGUUCAUAGAAUUAUUACUAGACUUAGUGGAAUAUGUUUCUGUAACAACAAAUGAAAAAGCUGCAGGCAGAUUUAACAAAUCAAACAUUCAAUAAUCGUUUAAUCUGUGAAGAGCUGCAAGAAGUGAUUACCUAGAUUUUUACAAAAGUUGUAGGUGAAUAUGGAACAUGAAAAUAAUAAUUUGAACAUUCAGCUUCCUUUUUGUUGAUUCCUGUUUAAAAUGUACGAUAGAAGCGAUAAAAAUCGUGAUAAAUUAUAAAACUUGAGCUUUACGAUAAAUGUAUAUUAUCAUUUUUUGAGUGGGCGGAAUAUAUUCCAAAUAUGCCGAAUAAAAAACCUCGUUUGGAGAAAAUUUCUUUCCAUAUACUUGUCGUGUAACAUACCGUUCGGUUUUUUUUUCAAACAUUUUGUUUUGUUCACGUAUUGUGGCUUAGUAGUCACUUCGAGUUUAUUUAUUCUUUCAUUCGAGUUUUUGAACAAAUUAAUUCAAUAAAACCUUGAAAUAAAAGUUUAUUUCCAUAAAUUUCUGGUGAUUUUUAUGUAACGGGAACAUGGAAAUUACUAAAGAAGAAACGAGUAGGUAGAACAAAAUUGAAUAAAAGGAACUUUGAACUUUGAAACAAAAGGAAAUCCAUAAAGAUAUCUGAAAUUUUUGUGAGCACAUUAAAUAAGGCAAAGAAAAACCUACAAGCAAAUAUAAAGGAUAUAACCACCAGAGGUUUAUUAAAAUUUUCUUUUGCUUGAAGUGUAGAUAGGUAGAGGACGAUUUAGAAUCAAUGUCGAGGUUUUAUUGAUUUUCUCGAAUGGAGUGGGAGAUCGAUAACAAAUUAAUUUCUUCAAAAACUCGAAAUUAGAAUAAAUAAAUCCUAAGUGACUACUUUGAAAUAAAAAGUAAUAAGUCGAAUGGUAUGUGAGAGUCGAAAGAACGGAUUUUCAUCCCUAAUAGCAGGGAUGAAAACAUUUAUUCCCUGUGAGGGAGCUGGAGUAGAUUAUUAACAGUAUUAUUGGAACAAUUCUUGGAGAAAUAUCUCCAUGUUUUGAACAAAACUUCAUCCCCACGGAUUUUUGGUCAUUGGAGUGAAUGUAUGAUAAUAGAUACAUGACUAACCAUGUAUAUCUCAUAGUACUUUCUAGUUUCUGCAUACAGGGCGUUUCUAUAUUCGAUCGACAACCCUCUACCAUAGAGAAUCACAAUAGAUGAUUCAUUUUGAUUUAGAAAUACGAAUCCUAGUUGUUGAGAUAUAGAGUAAUCAAAAUUUUAAAUCAAAAUAAAAAAUUUGCCAUAAAUCAAGAACGCUUUUAAAUUUUUUUCUCAAAUUUGGUGAACAAUAUAUUCCUCAAUGAAGUAAUAUUUUGACUUAAACAUACUUUGGAAAAAUUUAGCCAGUGGUGCGCUGUGAGGGUUAGUUGUCACUUUAAACCGCCUAUUUUUUACGCCACUGAAGCACCCUAUAUCUCAGCAACUAGGCCCCGUAAGGGUUCGUAUUCUUAUAUCAAAAUGAAUCAUUUAUCGAGAUCUAUCUGUGGUAAAGCGUUGUCGGUCGAAUAUAGAAACACCCUGUGUAUUCCACUGUCUUUACAUAGAGAUUUAACUUUGUAACCUUGUAUUUAAAUAAAUCUGAGCCACAUCAUGUCCACACUUCGUGGAUUGUUUAACAUUUAAUCUUGAAAAAUGAUAGAUAAUUGUUGUCUAACCAAUUUUCCGACAAGUCUAGUGAUUCAACAUCAUUGUCUUCAUCACUAGAAGGUAUUGCGAAAAUCAUACGAUCGAUUAUACAAUCGAAAUUUGUCUUUUUGUCGAUUAAUCUGUUUUUUUUAUCACAUUGGUGCUAGUUACGUUUUUAAUGUAAGUACUUUUUGAAAGAUAUUAAUAUUCACUCGUCAAUUUACUAAAACUCAGAUAAAAAAUGAUGAGUUUUGUUUUAUUGUAUGAACAUUCGAUAUUUGUCGCUUAUUUUCGAGUCAGAGAACUAAAAAUAGUGACAAAAUUGGAAUUAUGUACGCGAAAUCAAUCAAAAAUAAUCAAAAUGAAAAUAUCAAACAUAUCCAAACGGUUUUACGUUAACGGUUUUCGACUGCACAUCACCCUAGUGGACUAUUAAAUUUUAAUCUUUUAUGGAUAAUAUUUUACAUGUAACGUUUCUACCUGGGUACGUAGUAAAUGUUUGUUUGUUGUA